AUGUCCCAGGUCGAGGAGCUGCAGGCGUCUCGCGGGUAUCGCCAGAACCCCUCUACACUCACUGUAACGAGCGUUGGCAUGUGUGUAUGCUGGCUCGCUAGUUACCCUGGAAUGAUCCGCAAGUCGUUCCAGGACCGUAUUUACUGCAUGCCAUUGAUGCCACUUUGUUGCGGUAUCGCCUUUGAGUUCAUAUACUCCGAGGACCCAAUUCAUCAGUACCUCUUCGCGAGCUGGCUGGCCCUCAGUGUCGUGGUCGUCUUCACAGCUAUGAAAUUCGCGCCCAUGGUGGUCAUUCUCAUCAAUGAAGUGUACAAUUUUGUAAUCAAUAAUUGCAGAAUUGUGGGAUUAUGA